AUGAGCGAUAUUGCAGUGCACUCGGAGUCAACCGAGGGUAUGUCCAGUUUCAUCGAGGACAAAACGCUUUUAAUGCGACAAGAGGAUAAAAAGGGAAACAAUCUAUACUUUCAUUUCAAAGAAUGUUUGAAGUAUUUAUUUGCACAUCAAAAGUCCGAUGCGUUUAUCAGUUUUGAACAUAUCAGUCAAAAAAUGAAGUCGGUAAAAAUCUAUUCGAACUAUGAGGAACCUCCGACGGACAAUCCGGCUCUGCUGUCCACUGCACGAAUUCAACAAAAACUUUUUACCAAGGCUGAAGGUGAAGAGGAAGAACCGGUUAUUGAGGAAAAUACGGAACACCCAUUUCCGAAUGUGAUGGAAUCCGCUUACCAGUUGGAAUUGGCCGGUAUCGGUUUGAGUGCGUGUGAAACAAUGAAUUUGGCGCUAGCAAUUAAACAGUUAGUCAGUUCGAUCCCCGUGAAAACGGCUCGAUUUUGGGGAAAAGUGUUUGGCACUUUGCAAAAUAUGUAUGUUGUAGAGGUUGAGUUUGAAGAGGGAGAGGAUAUGGACGAGGAUGAGGAGGAUAGCGAGGGACAGAAUGAUGCGGAUGAAGAAGAGGUAGCCAACGAGGUGGACGACGAUGACGCGGAAACUGCGCGAGAUGUUUUGCCCAAGAACAAAUGGAAGCCACCGAUCAAAGCACCAAAAGAGCCGAACAAUCAGAUCGGUGUGAAUCAGAAAGCCUAUUUUGUAUGCCAUGAACCCGGACUGAAAUGGAUCCGUCUCCCGCCGGUCACACCGCAACAAAUUGUAGCCGCACGAUCUAUUUGCACAUUAUUCACGGGGAAUCUGGACAACACUGUCAAUUGUUCCCCUGCCUUCCCAGGAACAGAGGCGCAUUAUCUACGCGCACAAAUUGCCCGUAUCAGUUCGUCCACUCACAUCUCACCAGAGGGUUACUUUCAACUGGGACAAGGUGGAGAGGAAGAGGAAGAACAAAUGGAAGAUGAGGAGGGCAAUCCUAGUCAGAUGUGUAGCAAAAAUCCCGAUUACGAAUCGAUACCGGCCGAGCAACUGGUUACAGGAGGUUUAGAGCAGUGGGUUCAUCACAUACCGUAUAUUCUACCCCAGGGACGAGUCACGUGGUGGAAUCCAUCAAGGACAUCUGGGGAGGAAAUGGAAGAUGUAAUGGAGGAUGAGGAUGAAGACGAGGGUGGAGAUCAAAGCAAACCGCCUCCACCACGACCAGAACGUGGACCACCUAUACUGAGCAAAAUCGCAUCCGAUUUAGCUAUAUUUGGACAACCGGCUUGGUCCGUUCGUCUGAGUUCCCAACUGAUACCCGAACACGCUUCCGUGGUUGUUUCAUCAAACUUAUGGCCUGGUGCUCAUGCCGUUGCAUGGGGAAAGUCCUUUGAGAACGUUUAUAUUGGUUGGGGAUUGAAAGCAUCCGGACCGGGUUUUCAAUCGCAUUUGCCUGUGGAUCCCUUGGAUGAGUUUCAAGACACUCCGGAAAUCAGUGAAACACUCGAUCCCACCCCGGAAGAUGAAGCCGCACUGCGUGCCGCUCACAAUAUGGAAAAUGUAGAAGAGGAGCACGGUGAAGACAACGGAUCGGAUGCGGAUAGAGCAGACGAGGAACAGGAGGAAGAUUAG